UGUUGAAUGUAUUUCAGGUUCUGUCGUGGAUCCACAGGGAGAACCAGGCGGUGAUCGUCCGCUGCAGUCAGCCUCUGGUCGGGAUGUCGGGGAAGAGAAACAAAGACGACGAGCGCUACCUGGACGUGAUCAGAGAGGCCAACGACACCCCCAAACUCACCAUCUUCGACGCGCGGCCCAGCGUUAACGCUGUGGCUAACAAGGCCACAGGAGGAGGCUACGAGGGCGACGAGUACCAAAACGCAGAGCUGGUCUUCCUGGACAUCCAGAACAUCCACGUCAUGAGGGAGUCCCUGAAGAAGCUCAAAGACAUUGUGUACCCCAACGUGGAGGACUCUCAUUGGCUGUCCAGUCUAGAGUCCACACAUUGGCUAGAACACGUUAAGCUGGUGUUGUCAGGAGCCAUCCAGGUAGCAGACAAGGUCUCCAGCGGACAGUCUGUGGUGGUGCACUGCAGCGACGGCUGGGACCGCACCGCUCAGCUCACCUCUCUGGCCAUGCUGAUGCUGGACAGUCACUACAGAACGCUCCGAGGCUUCCAGGUGCUGAUCGAGAAGGAGUGGAUCAGCUUUGGGCACAAAUUUGCUUCGAGGAUAGGUCAUGGCGACAAGAACCACGCGGAUCAGGACCGAUCCCCCAUCUUCGUGCAGUUCAUCGACUGCGUGUGGCAGAUGACUAAACAGUUUCCUACAGCCUUUGAGUUCAAUGAGCGCCUCCUGCUGACCAUCCUGGAUCAUCUCUACAGCUGCUGCUUCGGGACUUUCCUCUACAACUGUGAGAGUGCACGAGACCAGCACGAGGUGAGGCUGAAGACGGUGUCUCUGUGGUCUCUGGUCAACAGUAAGACGGAGAUGUAUUUAAACCCCUUCUACACCCCCGAGUCCGGCAGGGUCCUCUACCCCGUCGCCAGCAUGCGCCACCUAGAGCUGUGGGUAACGUACUACAUCCGCUGGAACCCCCGCAUCCGACAACAGCAGCAGAGCCCGGUGGAGCAGCGCUACAAGGAGCUGCUGGCGCUCAGAGACGAGUACUUGAAGAAGCUGGAGGAGCUGCAGUUGUCCGACUCCUCCCCUUCCUCCCGUCUGGCUAACACCCCCAACUCCUCCUCCUCCACCUCCUCCACACCACCACAGCAAUACACACAACUACAAACUCCCCUCUGAGGGCUGGUGACACACACACACACACACACACACACACACACACACACACACACACACACACACACACACACACACACACACACACACACACACACACACACACACACACAUCUACUUGUUGACUUGCACUUAUGUCCUCUGAUUCCUGUCAGUCUCACACACAGGGAACUAAUACGUAACAAAGAAUGCUUACAAGAGUUUAGAUUUGAUGGGUUAUUCUAACAUGUGAGGGUGAUUUAUGCAAUAUGUCACAGUACAGCCUUGUCACAAGAUAUUUUUUACACACACACACACUCACCACACAGGGAAGCCUUAAAGACAUUCAGUGGCUUUCGGUCCAAGGGCUUUUACACACAGGGCACACAGUGGAUGUGUAUAGGCGUUCAUUUAUUCUCUUCUAUAGAUAGAUCCCUUUAGCUUUCAUUUGUUAUGCUAGGCUAACCGUGGAGUCUCUCAUGCACAGGUUCAAGUCAAAUUUGUGUUUUUUUGACAUUUAAACUCAAAGUUUUAUCAUCAAUUUAACUUUUUCACAAGAUCUUGAACUGCCAACUCCACUCCCCGAUGAAAAUUCCUGAGAUGCACCUCAGAUUAUUUUUGUCAAGCGUAAGAAUAGAUUGUUUAAAUAAUAUGAGGUCAACAGAAAAAAAGUUAUGAAAAAGGGAGACAAUACAUUUCUUGGAAACACAUUUCACAGUGCGCACAAAGCGAGGCUACACUUUUGUCCCGCUACACAAGCGUUGGUGUCCUGUGUGAACAAAGCGAAAUGUUAAUCAAGUUUCUCACUUCGCACACUACUUCCUGCUGCGCUGCACCGCUCCCUUUGCUUUGAGGAAGUGUUAGGAACGGCUGUAUAUAUCAAGCGUUUCAGAUUUGGAUGGUUGAUGUGGAAUUAGUUGCUUAUCGACUGACGAUGAAAGCUAGCAUUGUCACGUUUGGUUAGCCACUGCUAACAGCUAAGCUCACCUAAGCAGUAUUGUUCAGCACUUCCUAAGCUAGAGAGCAAAAUUACUUCUAGUCAACUAAAGAGUUUGGCUAGAAUCAAUCAGUAAUAUGCUUUAAUAAAUGUAACUUUGGAAAUAUUUUCAUAUGCUCAAGAUGAUCUAGGGACAUGAAGUGAUGCUGGCCCCUGAUCCUGGAUCCCCUCUUGUGCUUCUGUUCUCAGAUCCUGAAUGAAAGUCAGCCAUGGUCCAUGAUAGCCUUACCAUGCCAAGAUGUUUGAAACCAGCACCAGUUAUAGGGACAGGGGGCAGAAAUUAACCAAUUACUCUCACUCCCCCCUUUACUUUUCUUUUUUUUUGUAAACCUGAGUGAUUCUAGAUAUUCUAUCCACAACAAAAGUCCCAUAUGAAACUUAAUCUCAUAGCACGUGUGCCUUUUGGACAGGUGUAGAUAUAUCCCCUCCUUGUUUCAUGUGGGUCAGUUUUUACAUUAGAAAGGGAAGUUUAAGUCAGAAUUAAGGGUUUAUUCUCCAUUUGCCAGUUAUCUGAUUAAUUUAGGUAACUGUCAUUGGAUGGACUUGUUUACAACUGCUUGCUUGGUCUCUCUGCUCAUGUUUUUGUCCAAUUGGAAUCCAGCUUUGAGUAGCAAAGCAAAUACUGUUUAUCUGAAGAUAUUAGCUUGGAAAUUUGUGCAAAACGGGUUAUCAAAACCUAACAAAGAUGGCGAAAGCUAAAACAAAAUAAAAAUUGGAGAAAUUAUCCUUGAUUUUAAAUGGAAAGUAACAUACAAAUGUAAUAGUAAAUGAUAAAAAAUUAUUUCACAUGGAGAAUUUAAUGGAAGUCAAAAAAUAAAAAAAUACAUUAUUCGAUAGGAAUGAUAAUAUAGAUAUUGAUGAAAUAUUUAAAUAAUAGGGUUUUAGGUUUAAAUUAAAUCAGACAAAGUUUAGACAUUUAUUUUUUUAUCAAAGUGUUCUUUAAAAAUAAGGUUAGUGCUAUAUCAUAUUUUUGCAAAAAAAAAGAUAGUGAAAAUAUUGACUAAUGACUUAUUCUGACAUAAUAGAUCACUAUGGACUUACCUAGAGUAUUUCCUUUUAUUUAUACUAUUUUAGUUCCUGAUUGGAAUGGGCUUCCAUUAAAUUCCCCAUUAGAACACAUGAGAACCAACCUGUCCAAAGCACAUUCUUUAGUAUUCUUUCGUUUUGGUGCUAUUUUGAAAGUCUACAGAGAGUGUGUGUGUGUGUGUGUGUGUGUGUGUGUGUGUGUGUGUGUGUGUGUGUGUGUGUGUGUGUGUGUGUGUGUGUGUGUGUGUGUGUGUGUGUGUGUGUGUGUGGCCAGAAACAGAAUCGUUUGAUAUGAAGAUUUUGCUGCUAACUCUAAGGGCUCCCAUUUUGGUUUGUUAAAAAUAAUGUAUGUACCGUAUCAAUCACUCCGUCAUGAUGACUACACUGUUUAUUACAAUGUUAAGUAGAACUCAGUCUCCCAACAUUGGCCCCCAAUAAAUACCACAGGCUUGAUUUCUGGAGAUCUGUCAAUAGAGGAUUUAAGUGUGAUCAUUUCUAUUGCCAGCACAUUGCGAUCCCUUCGAGAGGGAUCAAAAAGAAAACUUGUCCAAAGCGGAUCUGUUCUUUCGCUGAUGCCAGCUGUGGUGUCGGUUACAUAAAAUGAGAAUAAAACCAAGUAAAAGGAGCUGCAUUUAUACCAAAUCAGGCAUGGCAGUGAUUGGCGCAGUCCUAUCGCAGUGUAGGAUUGGCACUUUGUCGAUUUGAGUGACAUUCAUUGGCUGAAGGCCCAUCUGUAACCAAUGGCGCGUUGAUCACCGGUUAUGCGAUCGGCCACCGAAGUCUCUCAUUGGGUUUUCCAAAAGGUGAUUCCAGUUUUACGGAAUCCCCUAUGGCCUUCCACCAAAAUCAACUACCAAGAUUGAGAUGAAUGGGAGAACCGUUUUAUUUUCACCGCACUGAUUUGUUGUGAAUUCGACUUGAAUAUUUGUUCAAAGUAAUGCAGGGUAGACAAACCUGGAAAUCUACUUGGACCACCACCACUGUCGAUCAUGUCCACCUGACCCCAUACUUGUAUCAUUUCAUUAAAACCUCUUUCCCAAAUGAAUAUAAUGCUAGGGGUCGAACGCUGGGGAUUAUGUUGCUUACCAAAUCACUUCUUUUGGACUUGUUGUAUCCUCCACUUUGUGGGAUGUAGAAGAAUGGGACUUUUCUUAUGGAGCUUUUUCCCCCCAUUAUAUUUUCUCUAUGGUCACAUUGAAUUCCUUGAAAUAAAACGCCUUCCUGUUGAGAGAGAAAUUUGAGUUACGAAGGCUCACACCCCAAUAUAUUUACCCCUUGGUUGUUAGGACGUCGGAAGCAACAAAGAAUUGAGAUGAUGCAUUGUGUGUACAGUGUGACAAUUGUGAAUGAGGUGCAAUAAGUCAUUUUUGGGAAGUGUGUCAUGUCAUGUCCAGAUUUGUGCCUUGAUUCUUGUGUGAAUCGCCUCGUCUGAGAGAACCUACUUCAGCUGUCCUGGGUCAUGUUUGAGAUUGACUGCUCUGUAGCUCAGGGUUCUAAAGGAGGAAAGCUCUGCAUCCUUUGCUAUUGGGAGGAUGCCAUGCUGUUGUUUAUGGGUCUGCGCCAGUUUGAAGCGGGAGGAAAUGGGCGUUUACUGCCGGCAUUCCACGAGUAAGUACAGAGUUUAGGAUAAGGCCGUUUGCCAAGGUACCUAACGCUGAGUUUAAGGAAGCCUCUGAUCCCCUUUAAGUCCUAUGUGACUCCUUAACAGGUCGCACGGUACCAAAUUUAAACUCAAAAUGAUGGUCAAACUUAUAGCCAACAGUCAUAUAUAAAUAACAGCAGCGACUUCUAUUGGUACAGAGAUGCACUAGGUCCAAGAAUCAUGCACUGAUCUUAGAUGCAUGUUUGAACAAUUUAAGUCCCCUCUGGCUUUCUGUUCCAUCUUUCAGUAUUGAUGUUCAGAACAGCUAAAAAUUCUUGAUUUUCUAUAACAAGGUUGGACAACACUGGUUGAACUAGAGCUGAAGUCCAUUAGUCCUUUUAGGUUCCGAACUGAUGAAAGAAGAAAAAGUAGAAGAAUUUAAGUGUUGGCCAAGAUGAGAGCCGGUUAAAAUGUUCUAUAUGCUUAGGAAAGAUGCUUCAAUGGCAUCCUGCAAUUCUUUGUCAGCAACACUUACAGCACCAUAGCAGAUCAACGUCCAUAACAUCUGUCGUUGCGUAACUACGUUGCCAAUUGGGGAAGUCAGAUUUCUCAAGCCGCAUUAUUUUUAAGAAUCCAUGCCUUCCAGAUAUUGGCCACUGGAUCUCGUAGUUUCACGAAAGAAUAGGACUUUGGCUACCAGCUAGUGUUCAAAUCUCAAACAUGACUUUUCUAUGUCUGGGUGGGUUACAGAGUGCAACCUGAUCCCUAUGUUCACAGAGAGGUGAAAUAACAUAGGGUUUACCAAAUGGAUACUUUUGACAAGGGGUUGAUGUCCUGUAUGAAAGCCGGGAUCUCAUUGAGGGUAAUGGGUCAAAAAACAGAAGAAGUCACAGCAACAUAAAAAGUGCAUUGGUCGGGUGGUUGUGUUUUUAGGGAAAAAGAGAUAAAAUCUAUUUUUAUUAUUUUUUACUUUGUACAAGCACCAUGAUGUAAUUACCUCAAUCAAAACCUAUUUUACUGUCUAAAGUUCUAUUGUUGUAAAAUACAAUUAUUUUAUGUAGUGUAAAAUCUUACAGUUUUAUAAAAAAAGAAAGUAAUGUCGGUUCAGAAAUUGUUGGUAUAAAUUGUGGAUUUCUGCUUCAUUGGUUAAGUUGUUUUGUUUUAUUUUUGAGGGCAUUUCUUUGGUUUGUAUUCGCUAACCCAGGAUUAAAAACUGAAGCUUGUGGAUACUAUCCACUUGUCACAACCUGACAUCCUCCUCUCAGUUCUCUGGGGGAUUUUUAACCUUCGGUUCACACAAUGAAUCUGAGAACUCUGUCAACGUUCAUUUCAAAUGUACUCUUUUAUUAAUCUAGGGGAUUGUAGUUGAAAGGGUUUUGUGUAUUAAUAUAGCCUGCUUUUUAAUAAAUACACAUGAAAUGUGUUUCAGGAUAAUUUGUCAUCUACAAGGGAAAGUGAAAUCAGAAUACAUUUCAAAUGUAUUUCUUUGAAUCAUGUUAUAUCCUCUCCAGUUUGUUGGAUGGAUCCUGUUGUGUAAAUAUUACUGAUUAAAUUAAUUUAAGCAUU